AUCCUGAUGAUCCUAGUAAUAUGUACCAACAUACUUCAAAAAGUUCUACGAAAUCUGAGUUGAGGAUAAACAAAUAUAGGAUAAUUAAGGCGAAGAAAACGCAUCCGUUUUACGGCAUUCUUCACAACUCACAAGCUCCUGCAUUUCCACUUCUCCACUACUACUACUGUCUACGAGCAAGGUGGUGCAAUCAAAUUAAGCGAGUCAAAUAUUUUCAAAAAAUGCUACUACGAGCAAGAUGGUGCAAAUGUACUUACCAUUCAAAUUCUCUCUCCACUUCUUCUUCUCGCAACGCCUUUUUAGCAGACAAAGCCAUAACCUAUCUACGACGAGACCCUCAUCAAUUAAACUCCUUACUCCCUGAAUUCAACUCACAAUCAGCAUGUUUCCUACUUCUCAAAACCCAAUUCGAUCAAACCCUAACCCUAAAAUUCCUCAAUUGGGCGCGUUCAUCUUCCAAAUCCACCUUCUUCGAUCCUCAAACAAAAUGCUACGUUCUUCACAUUCUCACUCAUUUCAAACUCUUCAAGUCCGCGCAAUCUCUUGGGCAGGAUCUCGCGCGCGAAGUAGCGUCACACGAUUGCGACGGCCGUGUAAUCUUUAAAUUUCUUAAGGAUUCUUAUUAUAUGUUUAAUUCCAACUUUUCUGAUGUUUUUGAUUUGAUGGUAAAAUGUUAUUCUUCUCUUAAUAUGAUUGAUAAGGGUAUUAAUACUAUUCGUUUUGCUAAACUUGAGGGUUUUAUGGUUGGGGUUUUGUCUUAUAAUUCUCUUCUUAAUGGUAUUCUUCGUAGUUUGCCUCCUUCGUCGUCGUCGUUGGAGUUGGCUUUGGAGUUGUUUGAUGAGAUGAACAAUUUGGGAAUUUCUCCAAAUGUGUUUACUUACAAUAUUUUGAUUAGGGGUUUUUCUGGGUCUGAUCAGUUUCCUAAGGCUUUGGCGUUGUUCUCUGAUAUGCAAAAAUCGGGUUGUUUGCCUAAUAUAGUGUCUUAUAAUACUCUCAUUGAUGCUCAUUUUAAACUUGGUAAGACGGAUGAUGCAAUUAGCUUGUUUCAUUCCCUUAAGUCUAAUAGAUUGGAAGCUAGUUUGAUUACUUAUAAUAUCAUGAUUAAUGGGUUGUGUUGUGAGGGGAAGAUGAAGGAUGCUACUGAGAUGCUUAAUGAGAUGUGUCGUUUGCGGCUUAAACCUGAUGAGGUUACUUAUAAUACACUUGUUAAUGGGUAUUGUAAAGAAGGGAACAUCCACCAGGCACUUGUUUUGCUUGCUGAGAUGCUCGAAAGUGGUCUGUCUCCUAAUGUUGUUACCUAUACUUCUCUCAUUAAUUGUAUGUGCAAGGCGGGUAAUAUGAAUCGUGUGUUGGGUUUCUUAGAACAGAUGCACACUAGAGGGAUUCGACCUAAUGAAAAAACAUAUACAACCCUAAUUGAUGGUUUUUCACAGCAAGGCUUGUUGAAUGAAGCCUAUCGUUUAUUAAAUGAGAUGACUUUGAGUGGAUUUGCACCUUCCCUUGUGACCUACAAUGCCCUCAUCAAUGGACAUUGCAUUUCGGGUAGGAUGGAGGAGACUGUGAGCAUUGUUCAGGAUAUGAGGGAGAGAGGGUUGGUCCCAGAUGUUGUGAGUUAUAGUACAAUUAUAUCUGGAUUUUGCAAGAACCAAGACCUGGAUCGGGCAUUCCAGAUGAAAGAAGAGAUGGUUCGAAGGGGCAUUUUGCCGGAUGCUAUUACCUAUUCGUCUCUUAUUAAGGGACUUUGUGAACAAAACGAGCUUGCUGAAGCCUCUAAUCUUUUUAAAGAUAUGCUACAUGUAGGCUUGGCGCCUGAUGAAUGUACUUAUACUAUGCUGAUAAAUGCUCAUUGUGGAGAAGGGAAUAUUCAACAAGCUUUUUAUCUUCAUGACGAGAUGAUACGGAUGGGUCUCCUUCCUGAUGCAGUCACAUAUAAUGUACUAAUUAAUGGACUUAAUAAACAAGCUCGAACUAAGGAAGCAAAGCGACUUUUGCUCAAGAUGUUUUAUGACGAUGCCAUCCCCUCUAGCAUCACCUAUGACACUCUGAUAGAGAGUUGCAGUAGCAUUGAAUAUAAGAGCGUUGUAGCUCUUUUGAAGGGAUUUUGCAUGAAGGGUUUGAUGAAGGAAGCAGAUAGAGUAUUUGAAUCAAUGCUUCAGAGAGGCCACAAGCCAUCAGAAGCAGUGUAUAAUGUACUCAUACAUGGGCAUUCUAAGUGUGGAAAUUUGCUCAAGGCUUAUGAUCUGUAUAGAGAAAUGAUGGGUUAUGGUUUCAGUUCUCAUACUAUAACAGUUCUUGCCUUGAUCAAAGCACUUUACAAAGGAGAAAUGAACGAGGAACUGGAGGAAGUCUUGAACAAUGUGUUGAGAAGCUGUAAGGCUACUGAUGCAGAGCUUGCUAAGGUUCUUGUUGAAGUUAACCUUAAAGAAGGCAACAUGGAUGCAGUUUUUAAUGUGCUCACCGAUAUGGCCAAGGAUGGCCUGCUGCCAAAAAGUGGGAGAAGUGCCAGUUAUUCGCAAUAAAUUAGUGAGGUGUCAGUGUUUAAGUUUGCUUGAAAGUCUCCAAUGUGCAUCAUGUCGAUUUCAGUGUGGAGCUUGCGGCCAUAGCCUUUUGAAGACAUGCUAAGGUCAGCAUGUUUGUCUUAUAUGAUGAAUGUCUGCUAUGAUACUUGUGACUUAAGAGUUAUAGCAACCUGGUUAUUGUAAUUAAGGACUUCCUGUCUUGGCUGCAAAAUGAGCUGCUGCUGGUUUGUGAAUUCUUGGACUAUUCUCAUCUACUAGUUAUAUGCCUGGAUUAAGAGUGCUCUGCCAACCACAUUUACUACUGCUAAAAUCUUUUGGGGCUGAUAGCAGAGUAGCAGCUCCAGGUCUCCAAACUUGAAGAAAGAGAAGGUAACUGGGUGAUGAAGGAAGAAGUAUUAAGCAGCUGCCUAGAGUUGUUCCAGCUCCAAGCAGAAAGAAGCAUUUUGAGUUUCGACAGCUUAACAUCAGGUCAAACUACUGAAAAGAAAGAUGCUGCUAAAUUCGAAACUGGGCAUGCACUUGGACAUGUUUUGACGUCAGUUAAAUAUUGUCUUUCAUCGCGUGAUGUAGAAACUUGAAAGUAGGAGAGGCGAGACGUUCACGCAAAGCACAUACGUAUCUGAGUAGAACCGGCUGCACUAGACGGGAGGGAGGCUGCUGAUUAGACAAUGGAAGUGAGAAGAAUAUGCUUGGAUGAUAUGGUCAUUGAUGUUUACUCCUACAACAAAGAAACACUUCAAAUGCAAUGUACAUUUUGAUAUGAGGUUAGUGUCAACAACACGAGAUUCUGCGGAAGGACUGCUGCUUUUUUGUCCUUUGUAAAUUGUUAUGUUAUUCUAACCCAAAAUUAGUCAUGGAAACUUCUACAAGAUUACAAUUAGAAAUUGUCUUUCUAUGUAUCAUAAAUAAUUAUAUAUGGCUGUGCAUU